CGUAAACACCUCAAGACGUAAACUUGGCUUAUUUUUUCAUCUAUAACUCAUGUGUUAGUAAAAUAAUUCCCAUAAAAUGGUUGAUAAUUUUAAGAACCUUUCCGAAAAACUUCUAUUGUUUAGAAAAAAGUGAAAGGUGUCAACCAAAGUGUCAAAGUUGCGCGCGCGAAGAACCUAACCUCAAACCUUUUAGUAUUCGUGUUCUAAAUAGUUACUUUUCUUAUAUUAUAAAUCAUAAUAUGUGCCCUCAAGUGUAAUUUAACCAUGAAUACGCCUCAAUCUAAUAAAAAGAAGGGUCGAAAUAGAAAUAAAGAUCCCACCACACCCGGAAGUGCAGAAGUUGCUCCGACACAAGAGUCGACAAAAUUUGUUGUGCUAAAUUUGGGAGAUGAAGUGAAUAAACCAGUUCGCUUGAAUUUCACCGACACGAUUCCAGUAAUUUCUCAAGAGGAUUUUGAACGCGACGAGAAAAAUGUUGCGAAGGGUGCUCCAAUUUCUGAUAAGGAGAAGGAAGUCAAAGCGAUUCUUAGUAAUUUGCCUGUGGCUGUUGUGAAGGAAUUGGAUGGAUAUGAAAACCAAAUUGGAGAAGCUGAACCCCUGCCAAAUAAUUAUGUCCGCUUUAUGGAACGAAGUGGAGAAGAUUUAGAUGGCGAAGUGGAAUACGACCUGGACGAGGAAGAUUCAGCCUGGCUCUCAAUAGUGAACGAGCGUCGCCUGGCGUCCGGCCUGACACCGCCAAUGGAGCCCGACACUUUCGAGCUGCUGAUGGACCGUCUCGAGAAGGAGUCCUACUUCCAGCAGCAGACCAACGGAGGUGGAGGAAUCGCCGCCGACGAGGACGCUGUCUGCUGCAUCUGCAUGGACGGCGAGUGCCAGAACAGCAAUGCAAUUCUCUUCUGCGACAUGUGCAAUCUGGCUGUUCAUCAGGACUGUUAUGGGGUUCCCUACAUUCCCGAGGGCCAGUGGCUCUGCAGAAGGUGUCUCCAGAGUCCCUCGCGAGCGGUCGACUGUGUCCUCUGUCCAAAUCGAGGUGGCGCCUUCAAGCAGACGGACCGCCCGGCGACCUGGGCGCACGUUGUCUGCGCUCUCUGGAUUCCGGAGGUCCGCUUUGCCAAUACCGUCUUCCUCGAGCCGAUCGACAGUAUCGAGAGCAUUCCGGCGGCCAGAUGGAGAUUGACCUGUUACGUUUGCAAGAGGAGAGGUGUGGGCGCCUGUAUUCAGUGUCACAAGAGCAAUUGCUAUGCCGCAUUUCACGUGACUUGUGCCCAACAGGCUGGCCUCUGCAUGCGAAUGAGAACUGUCCAGCCGGCCAGUGGUGAGCCGAUGCUGGUCCAGAAGACGGCCUUUUGUGAGACGCAUGCGCCACCGGAUUAUCAGCCAUCGACGAAUCCGGCCGAGGCGAGGAGGCGAGCAAUUGCCAAUAAAAAGAGCUCCUCGGCGCCUGUCAUCUCGAUUCCGACAAUUCCGCCGGAACGUAUUCGAGAAAUUGCAAGUUUAGCGGAGGGUCUUCCAAAAAGGAGCCAACUAAUCCAGCGAUUAAUCGCCUACUGGACCCUGAAAAGACAAUAUCGAAACGGAGUUCCUCUCCUUCGGAGGCUUCAAAGUACCCAUCCUCAGUCCCGACCUCCACCUCUUGGAGGUUCAAUGUCUCCCGCCCCCGAUGGAGAACUCAGAAACGAAAUGUACCGACAAUUAAAAUAUUGGCAGUGCCUUCGUCAGGAUCUCGAGCGUGCAAGAUUACUUUGCGAAUUGGUCCGAAAGCGUGAGAAACUUAAAAAGGAGUUAUUCAAAGUAAAAGAAAAGUGUCUUUGGUUCGAGCUUCGGCCUUUGGAAAGUGUCCUGAAAGCUUUAUUGGAAGCAAUCAAAGUGAGAGACUCCAACGACGUUUUCGGCCAACCCGUAAACACAAUCGAGGUUCCAGAUUAUUUGGAUAUCGUUACCCAACCGAUGGAUCUUUCCACAAUGGAGGCAAAAAUAGAAAAAGAAGAGUACGAUUCUCUGAGCGCGUUUGAGGCAGAUUUUACUCUGAUGGUGAACAAUUGUCUCGCCUACAAUCGCAAGGAUACGAUGUUCUAUCGAGCAGGUGUCAAAAUGCGAGAGCAAGGUGGAAGUCUCAUUGAACAAGCUCGCAAGGAUUAUCCUGAACUUGAUUCUGUCCCGGAACCCGAGCCAGAACCGGAACCGGAACCUGUGAUUCAAAAAUCGCGAAAAAGGGAGCGCAGCAAUCGAAAUCGGGUGGAAUCGGAAUCGCAGACAAAUGAGAAAGAAAUUUCACCCGGAGGUGUUAAUCGAAGAACUGCGGUGCUUUUCACGAGAAAGGCAAGAGCGAGAGCGAGUCGAGGAACUGCGACCAAUCAGGAUGGCGAUUCGAAAAAGGCUGAUAGCUUUCGCGUCUACAGGAGUGGAAUGAUGGACAGCGACGUGGGUGAAGGGGAGAGUCAGUCGUCGAGUUGCAGCAGUUGCUCGACGAGCCGAUCCACGUCCCCGGAACCCGAGAAUGAAGACGGAAUCGAGAGAGCUUCUUCGUCCGCGAAGGAGUCCAAGGAUGACGAGAAGAAGGAAAAUCCGCCCUCCUCGAUCGAGGCUCUGCAGCUCGUCUGGGCAAAAUGCCGAGGAUAUCCUUGGUAUCCGGCUCUCAUCAUUGAUCCGAGCACUCCCCGGGGAACUGUUCAUAAAGGAGUUCCCAUUCCCGCACCUCCGGAUGAUGUUCUUGCGCUCAAGGCCAACUACAAGCAUCAUGUUUUUCUCGUUUUGUUCUUCGACACCAAGAGAACGUGGCAGUGGUUGCCAGGUGAAAAACUGGAGAAACUGGGUGUCUCGCAAGAACUAGACGAGGCAAAACUAAUUGAAUCCCGAAAGCCAACGGAUAGAAAAGCUGUUAAAAAAGCCUACCAAGAAGCUCUUCACUACAGAAAACAGACUCACAAUACAUUGAAUGUAACCGCGACGAGUUAGGACUUCACUAGUUCGUAAUUCUUAAUUAAUUAUUUAAUUAAUUUUUUAUAAUUUUUUUUUAAUAUAAAGAAACCCCGUAGUAUUAAUUUAUUAUACAAUUUAAGGAUUCAAGAAGGAUUUUAUCCAGAAUUUAUUUAUUUCUUAGUCUACAAAAAAUUUUCGUUUAGAUUUUUACAUAUUUCUUCCUAGUCUAGA